AUAUAAAUGGUCUGAAAUCAAAGAUAAUGGUUUUUUAAUUAUUUUAAAUUUACAAUGUAUCGGUUUGUGAUUUUGUGUUUUGCGUUCUUCUGUCUGGAAACAGCUCUCGGACAAUCAACGCCAGUGUCACAAUGUCAGGCGAGCAACGGCUCGCUCCCAAUCAAUGCCUACGUCGUGGGCUGUACAGAACCGCCAUGUUCUCUGCCACAAAACCAGGACGUUGUUAUCCGUGUGGUAUUCAAAGCCCCUCGUAUCCUCCACGACAUGAAGACUAAAGCGGUUGCGAUUUUGGGAAUUGCCAUAAAUUAUCCUUUGGGACAAAACGAAGUCACCUGUAACUUCCUAACCAAUUCCUAUUGUCCGGUCUUGGAAGGAGAAAUAGUUGAAUAUUCUCUGAGAAUGUUUAUUGAGCCCAUUUUUCCAACUGUUCCAGUUACUAUUGAAUUCCGUGUGGAAGACGGUGAUGCUGUCCCUGUGUGGUGCAUCCGAUUACCAAUCGUCAUUGUCAGACCGCAAUGAGCAAUCAAUCCUUAAGUUAAGAUAACAAAACAUUGUAACACAAAUGUCAAAUAAAUUAUUUUAUUUGUAUAGUA